AGUCGCGAAGGCAGCAGUUCCUGGAAGAGACUGCGCCGCUUUUAGGCUCCCGGGCAGCAGGCGGGAUCAGAGCUCACGCUUGCCGAAACGAGUCAAAAGUCACAGCAGGGCUAUGCCCUUUAGGGCAGGGGAAGGGACCGGAACUAGCUAUAAGAGGAGUUGAGGAAUGGUGUUCCAAACAAAAGAAUGGCUGUGUAUAAAGGCCCUGAGAUGUUUAAGCUAGACCUGCCACCAGAUCCCAAGGAGGUGGCAGCCAUUGAGGCUAGAAGAAAUCGAGAAAAGGAGCGACAGAGCCGAAUCUUCAAUGCGCGGACCCGAGUCAUAGGGGUGGAUCUUCGGGAGGCAGCAGAGCGGAGCAAGGAGGCAGCUUAUGGUACCAACCAGGUGCAGUAUGAUCUGGUAGCCCAGAUGCUAGAGAAGGAAGAGGCAGAACGGACACGUCGGCUGGCCAAAAAAGUCCAGGACUUUCGUGAGCAGAAGCAGCAGCUCAGGAAUAGGUGUGAAUUUGACCUUUCGGAUCCAGACCGAUUCUGGAACGAGUUUCCAGCCUAUCACAAUGACAGCGUUCCCUACUAUGGCCUAAACAGCCUGCAGUACUUGUCUGGGGAAGACCUGGACAGGGCUGCGUGCCUGAGAAUGCAGCAGGAGCAGUUUAGGUCCAGCCUGGACAGGCAGCUUUGGGAGCAACAACUAGCCAGGAUUGAAGAACAGCGUAUAGAAAUGCUCAAUGACCAGCUGCGCCUAGCCAUGGACACGAGGGCCGCCCAGCUGGCCAAGCUGGAGGAGUCCUGUCGCAUAGCCAGGAUGUCUGCCAUAGCCAACGCCAACAAAGCCCAGGCAGCUGAGCUGGCUGAGCGGCAGCGCCGUGAGCAUAAGCGCAGACAGGAUGCCAACUUCGCGGAGAUCCAAAACCAGAUCACAAGUGACCUGACUAAGAAACACCCCAUUGCCCAACACUCUGUGGCUCCCCAGCGGGUCCAGUCCCAUUGCUGGAAGGGCAUAACUCCAGAACAGCGAGCUGCCAUGAAGAAAGCUCAGGAGGCGCAACGUCUUGAAAAGGAGGCACAGCGCGAGGCCGAACGAGCACGCAAUGCAGAAUGGGAAGGCCAGGCCGUGUGCCUGGCCCAAGCAGCCAUGGAACUGGAAGAGCAGGAGAGGCUACUGGGUGCUGAAUUCCGGAGGGGGCUGGGCUCCUUCAACCAGCAGCUGGCUAAGGAGCAAAGUGCUCAGCAUAAUUAUCUAAAUUCGAUAAUCUACACCAAUGAGCCUACAGCCCAAUAUUACCUACAGUUCAACACCAGCAGCCGCUGAGCUCAAGAUGGUUCUCUCUCCCUUCUCCCCCAUCAAGCUCACAGAGGCAAGGAGUCAGAGAGGAAGAUGCUGCAGACCUCCUCCCCAUUCAUUCCCCAGUGGGAAGGAGUUGAGCAAGUACCCCUACCUUAACCCUAUGAAAUAAAGCUGUCCACUAAAAUCAA